AUGAUGAUCGGUGGCGGCGUCGCGACCCCUCCUGGUACUGCCAAGUCGGCGGCUGCGAUCGACAGCGAAAUGGUGCAGGUCGACGGCAUUGGCAGUGGUAGUGUCAGUGGCAGUGCUAGUGGUAGUGGUAGCCCCGCGACAGGCGCGACUACUACGCGUAUCGCCAACUCCAACAACGCUGGCGGCAACAAUAAUAACAACAACAACGGGGACGUUGCGAACAACAACAACAACAACAACAACAACAACAAUAACGAGGGACACGCAGUGGUGAAUUGCGGGAGCGGGCCAGGGGCCCCGUUGACCGACAAGUUUUGCUGCCACGACGACGAUGCCCCCGUGAGCACCGGCGUCGCCCGACCUUGGGAACCACCCUCGCCGACCUUCUCGCAGACGAGGUCGCAUCUGUUUCAGGUCCAUCCACCGCACCAUCAUCAGCAUCCAGCCGCGCAUCACCAUCAACAGAUGACCGUGCCUCCGGUGUCGUUGAUCGACGGGGUGAGCCUGCAGAACUGUACCGCGGGCCCAUUCGCAAGCGGGAACGGCGGUGGAAGCAGCCGUCAACGUUUGCUCGAGCUGUCCCAUGGAUUAGGGGCAUUGAGACACUACAACGACCUGGCCAAUCACGUGCUCUCGUUGAAUCAACAGGGGGCGGUGGUCACCAAACUUCUGGGUACGCUGCGCCCGCCGGGUUUAAUCGGUGGUAGCAAGCCGAAAGUCGCGACGCCGGCCGUCGUCGCCAAGAUCGAGCAGUACAAGAGGGAAAACCCGACCAUUUUCGCAUGGGAGAUUCGGGAGAGGCUCAUCUCCGAAGGUGUGUGCAGCAACGCGACGGCACCAUCCGUGAGCAGCAUCAACCGAAUCCUUCGGAAUCGCGCCGCGGAACGGGCGGCCGCCGAAUUCGCGAGGGCGGCGGGUUACGGGCUGUACGCCGCCGGCCCUCACCCGUACUUCAACAGCGGCCAUCAGCACCCGACGACCAGCCACCACCUGCCCGCCGGUUGGCCCGCGCCGGGGGCGGCUGCCCACCCCUGGAUGCUGCCACCGUUGGCUACCGGCAUCUCGGGCGCCGCUUCCGCUCUGCUCCUCCCGCCGUCCUUGAGCCCGGGCGCGGCGGCCGCUGCCGCCGCAGCCGCCUCCGCGUCCGCCGCUGGAACGCCGGAUCACUCCCUGCACGCGGACGCCAUCGCCCGAGGCUACUUGCAAGACGGCGACGGGGACGAGGGAAGCCUGGACGGAUCGGAGCAACCGAAAUUCCGGCGGAACCGUACCACGUUCAGCCCGGAACAGCUCGAGGAGCUCGAGAAGGAAUUCGAACGAUCUCACUAUCCUUGCGUGUCUACGCGGGAACGGCUGGCAUCGAAGACGUCUCUGUCGGAGGCUCGUGUGCAGGUUUGGUUUUCCAACAGACGGGCAAAGUGGCGUCGUCAUCAGCGAAUGAACCUCUUAAAGCGUUCGCCGCCGCCGCCACCUCCGCCUCCGCCGCCACCUCCGCUGCAACAGCAGCAACAGCAGCAGCAGCAGCAGCAGCAACAGCAGCAGCAGCCGCCGCCGCCGCAACCGCAUUCCGCAUCCGGCAUGGAGGUAAAUCGUGCGUCAAGCUGCUCGAUAGGCGGAAUGGGAGGGGAAAGUAGCGCGUUCCGGGUCGUGGUGACCAACUCGUCGUCGUCCUCGUCGUCGUCGAGAGAGCUGAUGGCGGAACGGAACGAGAGGAUGGAGAAGAAGGUGGAGCCGAUCGCGAGGCAGCCGGAACGGAAGCCGAGCGCCUUCAGGAUGAUCAGCCAACUCGUCGGGGAAGAUUCGCCGAGUAUAUUGAACAAGUCGUCGAGCCCCGGCUACGAGCAACGCGAGAGGCACGAGGCGUCGAACGUCGGAUCCGGGAUCAGGGCCGAGUCGAGGAGCAAAGAGGAAUUGGAGCGCGUGGAGGACGAGGAAGAGGACGAGGAGAUAGACGUUCAAGAUUCGGACCAAGAUGUUCCUUCCUCGCCCACGGUCGGGGCCUGGAGGGAUCAUUGGACGGAGCAGCAACCUUUGGAAUUGACGAAACACGAUCGUUGAAAUCUCUUUUCUUUUUCCCUUUUUUCUUUCGAUCGAUCCAUUUUCUUUUUCUCUUUUACCACGAAACGUUGUGAUUUAACGUAACUGCGUGCGUGUGCGUGUAUGUGCGUGUAUGUGCGUGUACACUCGGAGUUGUUGCGAGCAGAGAGGAGACAUUAUCCGUGGAGAGAAAGUGCGUGAAAAGAAAAUAAAAGUGCGCGACUAAUCUCGUCCGAUCGGUGGAAAAACUUCGAUCAGAUCCCGUGAACGGUCCCCUUUUCCCACCCUUCUCAAUCUCGGUGAAAUCCAAUCCGCGAAACACGAACGGAUCGAACUAUUAUUCGUCGUAUUACGAAUCUAAUUGUAAUUCGCGUAUCCCGAUUAUUUCGAUCGAUCUCGAUCGAUCGAUAAUAACAACUUGUCCCUGGCGUCUUACAAAAGUCUCUACUCGCUCCCCCUUUAUUACGAUUAAUAUUAUUACGAUAAACGCGAAGAUGGUUGUGCGUAAGCAAAGUUGAGAGAAGCCGAAACACGCGUGGAAGAAGAACGCGUGGCUCGUCGUUGUGGUUUAAAAUUACGGAUGGAUUUUUAGAUAGGUCGAUCGAUCGCUCGCGCAUCGGGCUGUGGCGACCGGCCGAUGGCGCUACAAUUGCGCCACGUGUUAUAUAAUUUACAGCGGCGCGGCACAGGACGAUUCGUUCCUCCGCUGUCUGGAAGCGAGGAGCCGCGGAGUCCGGACAAUCUUAUCCGCAACUAGUCCUAGAGAAUCCGUUAUACAUCCGCAGAUAAUGCGGAUUGCCUAGGUACUACUAUUAUUACUAUUACUACUACUAUUACUACUACUACUAC